GAGACCACUUUGGACGGUGGUUACCUUAGCUGGGAGCCUCGACUACCUCUAAUUGUAUGGUGUGAGCAAACGUUGAUACGCAACUUUCAUUCUGACAUGUGACUUCCUCCCAGGAAGCUCUGCGAUUCAGAAAGCAGGAAAUGGCAGCUCAAGACUAAACCAGUGGACGUGUUUGUUCUUAACAAAAAGUGGAGAUGUUUCCUCAAGAUGAAUCUCUCCUUCGUCUACAUUUGGUCAGAUAACCUACAUAGGACAUACUAGUUACAUCACAUGGUUUGGGCUUGAGACCAUGACUGCAGCAGGUACGAUGGACUGAAACAGACCAGCACACGGUGGACAGUCUCUGUGAUGUGUUGCAGUAGCUGUAUGUAUGUCACGCUCAUCUGUCACUGAGCCCCCUCUAUUCCGUCGGCCCAUGAGUUCGUGGAAGAUGCGUGGCAUGGGCAAUAGUUAUAAGCGCAGUGCGGCUGGCAGGGGCAGCACUCGCUGCUACCAGCUGCCCAGCCGACCCUGGCUCAAGAACCGCUCCAACUCUGCCCCUGCUGAGCCCGGCUGGCUGGAGGUGAGGACCCAUGCGGGGUGGCCCGCAGCCAGUCCAGGCCCAUAUCAGAGCACCACCUGGAGCCUGACCCAAAGCGCCCGGGGCAGCUACACCCAGCCACGGCACCUUCCAGUCAGGCAGAUCCAUAGCCUCCCGGAAGCGAGCCAGAUCACCAGCUCGGGCGUGCUGCUGGAGCACGUUCAGCCCCAGCGACGCCACAGAGUGCCCUACGAGCGCUCUACCUCAACACCGGCUGCCAGUGGUACCAUAGAAAUGCAGCCACGACGGCAGGAGCGGAACGGCCUGCGUCUCUCCGGGAUCCUGUUGUCCAUGACCCGGCAAAUCAGCCAGAUGCUCUCUGCUCGAGAGCGUGACGAUGACGUGGACUCAUGGGACAACGAUGUGAAGGGCCCGCCCAGCCACCGCUUCUCCUGCGGCCAGUCACCCUUUUCCGAGCCUGCCGUCUGGGAGAGGAAGUACUGUGUCCUGACUGACAGCCAGCUCAUUCUGCUCAACAGGGAGGAGGAGAUACCUGCGGACAUCCAUGAUAGCCCCACAGGUUCGUCAGCCAAAAUUCGCAGUCUGAGAAGAACUGUCAGCGUGCCCUCCGAAGGACAGUUCCCAGAGUGUCCAGCAGAGGGAGUUAUCAUGUCGGAAGUGUCUGCCGAACGCUCCCCUCGGCGGAGAAGCAUCUCGGGCCUGGGCAGCUCCGAGAAGAAUUUCUCCAUGGACGGACCGAACUCCUCACCCUUCAGAGUGCCGGGCUUUUUCAGUAAGCGAUUGAAAGGGUCUAUUAAGAGGACAAAGAGUCAGACCAAGCUGGACCGGAAUGCGAGCUUCAGACUACCCUCGCUGCGUCCUGCGGAGAAUGACAGGUCUCGAGCCCUGCCCAAGCUGAAGGAGUCCUCUUCUCAUGAGAGUCUGCUGAGCCCAGGGAGUGCGGCCGAGGCUCUGGACCUCAGCAUGGAGGAUGAUGUCUACAUCAAGCCGCUACACAGCAGCAUCCUGGGACAGGAGUUCUGUUUCGAGGUGAUCUACUCAGGGGGGAGUAAGUGUUUCAGCUGCUCCUCUGCCUCGGAGAGAGAUAAGUGGAUGGAGAACCUCAGGAGAACAGUACAGCCAAAUAAGGACAACUGCCGACGAGCAGAGAACAUCCUGCGUCUGUGGAUCAUCGAGGCCAAAGACCUGCCACCCAAGAAGAAGUACUUCUGUGAGCUGUGUCUUGACGACGUGCUGUACGCCCGCACCACCAGCAAACCGCGUGCUGACUGCCUCUUCUGGGGCGAGCACUUUGAGUUCGCCAGCCUGCCCCCUGUCAGAAGCAUCACCGUGCACAUCUACCGCGACAUAGACAAGAAGAAAAAGAAGGAUAAGAACAACUACGUUGGCCUGGUGAACAUCCCCCUGCAGGGCGUGACCGGCCGCCAGUUCGUGGAGAAGUGGUACCCGGUCAGCACACCGACCACCACCAAGGCCAAAGGUGGAGGUCCCUCCAUCCGUAUAAAGUCCCGCUUCCAGACAGUCUCCAUCCUGCCCAUGGAGCAGUAUAAGGAGUUUGCAGAGUUUGUGACCAACAACUACACCAUGUUGUGCUCCGUGCUGGAACCUGUUAUCAGUGUGAGGAAUAAGGAAGAGAUGGCCAAUGCACUGGUACACAUCCUGCAGAGCACAGGCAGAGCCAAGGACUUUCUGACAGACCUUGUGAUGUCGGAGGUUGAUCGCUGUGCUGAUCACGAUGUGCUGAUCUUCAGGGAGAAUACUCUGGCCACCAAAGCCAUAGAGGAGUACCUCAAACUGGUGGGUCAGAGGUACCUGCACGACGCACUAGGGGAGUUUAUCAAAGCUCUGUACGAGUCAGAUGAGAACUGCGAGGUCGAUCCAUCAAAGUGUUCAAGCAGCGAACUGGCUGAACACCAGAGCAACUUGAAGAUGUGCUGUGAGCUGGCCUUCUGCAAGAUCAUCAACUCCUACUGCGUCUUUCCACGUGAGCUGAAAGAGGUCUUUGCCUCUUGGAAGCAGCAGUGCCAGUCUCGGGGGAAGCAGGACCUCAGCCAGCGCCUGAUCAGUGCGUCCCUCUUCCUGCGCUUUCUGUGUCCCGCCAUCAUGUCUCCGUCACUCUUCAGUCUCAUGCAGGAGUAUCCGGACGACCGCACGUCUCGCACGCUCACCCUCAUCGCCAAAGUCAUCCAGAACCUCGCCAACUUCACCAAGUUUGGUAACAAAGAGGAUUACAUGGCAUUCAUGAACGACUUCCUGGAGCACGAGUGGGCGGGCAUGACCCGCUUCCUGCUUGAGAUCUCCAACCCCGAGACCAUCUCCAACACACCGGGCUUCGAAGGCUACAUCGACCUGGGCCGGGAGCUGUCCCUGCUGCACGCACUGCUGUGGGAGGUGGUGUCCCAGCUGGACAAGGGUGACAAUUCCUUCCUGCAGGCGACGGUGGCCAAGCUGGGGCCCCUGCCGCGUAUCCUUGGUGACAUCACACGCUCACUCUCCAGCCCCACCCCCAUCCAGCAGCAGCUGCGCCGCCUCCAGGAGCACAGCUCCGCCCACAACAUCAGCACCAGUGUCUCGUCGGGACUACAGAGGAUUUUUGAGGACCCGGCAGACAGUGAAGCCCGGAUCAGAUCCCCGGCCCAGGAGCACACGGAGGUUCUGGCUCGUGGUAAGCCACCCUUGCUGGGCCAGCAGCCUCCUCUGCACAGCAUGAGCUUCUCGGACAAGGAGGAGCGGGAGCACCACCUCCCCAACGGACGCAGCAUCUCCCUCGUGGACCUCCAGGACUCACACCUUCUGCAGGGCCCACCGGGGCCCCUUUCUCUCCAUGAAGCCCCACCAAGGUUGGGCUGCGUGGGGUCUCAGGCGUCCAUCGAACCCCUGCCGGCUCAGCCGCAGCCUUCUCUGGUCAAGGCGGUGGCAGCGCGGGACAGUCUCCCGCAGAGCGUCCCACAGUCCCGCCGGCCCCUCCCGCCGACGCUGAGCCAGCAGCGAAGCCUGCAGCCGCUGUCCUUCCAGAACCCUGUGUACCACCUGAGCAACCCUCCACAGGCCUCACCCCGGCCCGCCCGCUCACCCCAGCGCCGCUCCAGCUCCGAGAACCUGAGCACAGGCAGCUCAGGCAGCAGCGCCAGCCUCGGCCGCGCCCCCACCCCAAGGGGCAGCCUGGACCAGGAGCAGGGUCGUCCUCGGGCAACCCAGCAGGGGGAGGAGGCUCCGUUGCCAGCCCCCGCCAUCCAGCGCCUCCACCAGGGCCCGCAGGCUGUGGCGGUGGUGCGACAGGGUGGUGCGGGAACGGCCCACAUCGUGAAGGUGGAGCAGCAGAGUCGCUGCGCGGUGGCGGGUGCGGUUAACGGAGCGGUGCGGCCGGCCAGGUCUCUGCCCCACAGCUCGUCUCUCCGCAGCUGCAGCAGCGCGAACACGGAGCCCCAACAGCAGAGUGCAGCUGGGUCUCAACAGCAGUCCUGCAGCUCACGGGACAGUCCCGGCCCUGCACCGGCCAGCCACGCCUCUCGACAGGUGCAGUCUCCCAUGGAGUCAGUCACAAUGUCGCCGGUUGAAAGAACAGCAGCAUGGGUGCUUAAUAACAGCCAGUAUGAGGAUGAGGAGGAGGAGGAGCGACAGAGCAGAGAGGACAGCAAACACGUGGAGAGGUACGAGCAGGAGAUCUCCAAGCUGAAGGAGCGUUUGCGCGUGUCUGGCCGGCGGCUGGAGGAGUAUGAGCGCCGACUCCUGGCACAGGAGCAGCAGAUGCAGAGACUCCUGUUGGAGUACAAGUCUCGCCUGGAGGACAGCGAGGACCGACUGCGUCGCCAGCAGGAGGAGAAGGACUGCCAGAUGAAGAGCAUUAUCUGCAGGUUAAUGGCAGUGGAGGAAGAGUUGAAGCGAGAUCACGCAGAGAUGCAGGCUGUCAUAGACGCCAAGCAGAAGAUCAUCGAGGCGCAGGAGAAGCGGAUCAGCUCCCUGGACGCGGCUAACUCACGACUCAUGGGCGCCCUCACUCAGGUCAAAGAGCGCUACAGCAUGCCCGGCCUACGCAACGGCCUCUCGCCAACCAACCCCACCAAGCUCUCCAUCACCGAGAACGGCGAGUUCAGGAACAGCAGCUGCUGAGAGGCGUCCUUGGGACAGCUUGAGCCCAGACGCUGGUUGAGCCCAGACUCAGGGUUAGGAUUGUGGGCUAAGGGGCAGUGCUGCCGGACUGGAUCUCUGACUACUACGUACAAGUGUCUACAAGGAACGCCGUGUUCUUCAUGUAUAUAGAUGUAACUUGUAUUGGUCUUGUACAGAGAUGAUACUAGAAACAGAGGAGACCGUUUUAAAUUGGGUUGGAGGUUUAACUGUCAUACUGUCACACAGUGAUGAUGUGUUUUAUAAAUACUGAUAUUCACAUACAUGAGAAUGAAGAGCGCAGUCUAAAAUUAUUUUUUAAGUAUUGUUUAACUAAGAUAUGAUCUAUUGAGGAGAUGUACAUAUAGAUUGGAGUUGUUGUAAAAGAUGGUGUGGUCUGAAGCACAUACUGGAGGGCCAUAGCCAGAUCUGAAAGACAAGCGGAAGGCAGUUUUGUGCACUGUAUUCCAACUCCGCUUUUCUGUUCCUUCUUUUUAUGCUUUUAUUGGAUCUCCACACAAGAUUAUUUUGCUUUUAGAGAACCUGAUUUUAUGUCACAUUCAACAACCCAGUGGCUGGCUGCUAAUAAAAUAAAUAACCAAACUUGUAUCUAGUUUGCACCAAUGGCCUUCUCUCUCCUCGUGAGUGAACUAGGAAUUGCCUUCAUCUUGGAUCUGAUGUAUAAAUGUUCUCACAGUAAGAGUGCAGAUCUAGCAUCACUGUUUGCCUUUCAUAACUUUUCUAUCCUAAUUAUAAGUAUAAACAUAUAGUCAGAAUUAACUGGUACUAGGUCAGCACUCAAAGCGAAUAUGCUUUAUACAUGUGAUUCCUUCUUACCCUGUCUGAUGCGUCUGCUGUCAGAUAUCAGUUAUUUACGUCACUGUUCUCGUCUCCCAGUCCUACUUAAUGUUUGUCAAAGACUACUGUUAAAUGACACUGUUUUCCAUUGAGUUAUGUCAAUAGAAUCAAUAUUUUGUAGCACACUUGUUACUGUUAGGAAAUAUGAAGGUCCAUUUAAGAGUUCAUGAAUAUGGAAACUGACUUGUGAGGAAUAAACAAGGUUAUGGCUCCAUCAAA